UCAACAGUGAUUGAACGGAACUUAUAUUUCGUAUUCAUUUUGUACUAACAUUUUGAUAAUAAAAACCAGCCGAAAUGGAGACUUCUCAGAUUCGCCAGAACUACGACCGCGACUGCGAGGCUUUGAUCAACAAGAUGAUCAACUUGGAGCUUUACGCUGGAUACACCUACACCUCCAUGGCUUUCUACUUCAAACGGGAUGAUGUCGCUCUUCCUGGUUUUGCCAAGUUCUUCAAGGAGAACAGCGAGGAGGAGCGCGAGCAUGCUGAGAAGUUCAUGGAGUUCCAGAACAAGAGGGGGGGGCGCAUCGUGCUCCAGGACAUCAAGAAACCUGAUCGUGAUGUGUGGGGCAAUGGACUGAUUGCUAUGCAGUGCGCUCUUCAGCUGGAGAAGAACGUCAACCAGGCUCUGCUGGAUCUGCAUAAGGUCGCCUCUGAGAAGGGAGACCCUCAUCUGUGUGACUUCCUGGAGACUCACUACCUGAAUGAGCAGGUUGAGGCCAUCAAGAAACUUGGUGACCACAUCACCAACCUUUCCAAGAUGGAUGCUGGCAACAACAGGAUGGCAGAGUACCUGUUUGACAAGCAGACCCUGGAUGGAGACAGCAGCUAAAUGCAGCCCUGAGAUCUUAUUAAUACAUGAAUGAAUAGAAAUACUAUUCUCUUAAAUAUGUUCUUAUAAAAACAGCUCUUGUGCAAAAUUUGUAAGUCUGACAGGUUGAAAGGUUAACAUCAAGUAAAGUUUCCUGUUACUAGUAAAACAAUGCAGCAUUACUGUUUUAAAUAGUCACACUGUGAUCAAGCAAUGCUUUCCUGUUGAAUGUGCAAUGAUUGACCUGGUGAAUUUAAAUAAAAAAUCCUGAGCUGAA